GGGGAAGCUUACACUAAGCACAGGUUGUAGCUGCGCUCAACAGCAUACCUAUUGUAGUCAAUACAACUCCUGCUCUACAACUGUCUUCAACAAAAUCUAUCAAGACAAUGGCCAACGUGAGGCUUCUCCUAUGUGUCUCCUAUGUGUUAGGAGUCAGUCUUGGAUCCCCCGCCAUCUCCCCGGAAACUGUCGAUAACUCUACUGCAAAGAUAAACACCACUCUGAACACCUCGCAAACAGAAAGAACUUUGCUCACUUCGGAAGCUUCGGCCGAUGCUCAGAACUCAACUGUGCCUGAGCCUGAGGACAGAUUGGAGGACGGGUUGCCGAGCAAGUCGGCUUUACCCGACGAUAUAGAAGAGAAUGGAACAGAUCGCACAUUGAGCUCGGGAGGUAACGGGUUUGGUAGAUAUGGAUCUGCAGGAGGCCUCCAGGAUGUGCCUAACGACCUCUUCCCGGGACCUUUAAGCCCUCAGGAACCCUUAGGGCCACCGGGUCACGUCGGCCCGCCAGAGCUUCUUGGUUCUUCGGGUCUUCUGGGCCCCGUAGAUUAUCAGAAUCCACUGAACUCUCCAAGUCUUUUAGGUCCACCAAAGCCCUUGGGACUUCUGGAAUCUCCAGUUCCGACCCAGAAAACCUUUAUACCCGGCCAAGGCUAUUCCAAGUACAAUACGGGGUGUAAACACUACUGCCCUGGCUUUACUCCUGGAUCCUUCUACUGCUGCAACCAAGCCCCUUCAUUAGGACGACCGGUCUGUCCACCACUGAGAGAGUCGUGUCCUGAUACUUUUCGUCACAGUUCUGUACGAUUCUGCAUAGAGGACAGAGGAUGCCAAGCCGACGAGAAGUGUUGUCUGGAUGUUUGCAUCCAGCGCCAUGUCUGUAAAUCUGCAGACUGGCUGAGGUGAAUCCAGUAGUUCUCCCUAACCAACACAACACAACUAAUCAUUAGGUCUUAGAUAAUUAGGGGAUAAUUAUAAUUAUCCACCUACCUUCUCUUAUAUAUAUAUAUACUGUAUUAUGUAUUAUAUGUAUUAUGAAAUAAAACCAAGACCAUA